GUCUUUCUUCUAACUUCGCACCAAUCUAAGAUCCUUCUGCAUCAUCACCCUUCGUAUAAUACCGUCUCUCCCUUUUUGCAUUUUUCUCUCCAUCAUUGACUUCUGCCAAGUCUUUCAAAAAGCUAGCUGAUCGAGGAAUAAUAUAGCAUGCACGAGGUCUUCGUGGAAGAACAUACCAUUGACACUUGCCACAUGCCAAGCGAGUUGGUGAGGUGAAUGUUACUUAUGAUGUUAAUUACACUACGUCCAUCUCACUCUUAAUUUCUUAAUCCGAGUCCUUUAGUCAAUUGCUUUUUAGCCCCUUUUGAAAUUCCAAUCUCAUUCUAACUUUGCACAAACAAUUUUCUUAGCGGUGGAAAAUUGGAAAUUUUGUUAGAUAUAUAGAAAUAUUGGUGAAGUAGUGGACUUUAUUAGGAGUUGAUGGAACCCAAUGCACUAGGUGGUGGAAUAUUUCCUAACAUAAGUAGUGGUUUGCUAGGAGUAGAAAACCCUUUACAACAACAACCAAACCUUCAAAACCAGCAAAACCCCCACCCUUUGCACCAUCUCCAAAUGGUUUCCUACACCACUAACCACGACACUGACACACACCAUCAACAACCACCACCUCAGCAAUCAAUCAAACAUGGCUACAACUUUUCGGCCACUAAAUCCAACAAGUCACAAAUCACACUCAGUGAUGAAGAUGAACCAGUGUUCACAGCAGAAGACAAUAGCUCCGGAGACCCCAAGAGAAAAGUGUCACCAUGGCAUAGAAUGAAGUGGACGGACACCAUGGUAAAGUUCUUAAUAAUGGCGGUUUAUUACAUUGGAGACGAGGCUGGUUCAGAAGGCACUGACCCCACCAAGAAGAAAGCCUCUGGGUUGCUUCAAAAGAAAGGGAAAUGGAAAUCAGUGUCAGGGGGCAUGAUGGAGAAGGGUUACUAUGUGUCUCCUCAGCAAUGUGAAGACAAGUUCAAUGACUUGAACAAGAGAUACAAGAGGGUCAACGACAUCCUAGGCAAGGGCACAGCAUGUCGGGUGGUGGAGAACCAAACCUUGUUGGACACUAUGGAUCUGUCACCAAAGAUGAAGGAAGAAGUUCGAAAGCUCCUCAACUCAAAGCACUUGUUCUUCAGAGAAAUGUGUGCUUACCAUAACAGUUGUGGCCACAACAACAACAACAACUGUGGCAGUACUUCCAACGUGCAACAAUCAACUGAUCAGCCACUACAUCAACAUAACCAUCAACAGCAGCAGUGUUUGCACUCAUCAGAAAAUGGGGUGGGGAGUCUAAGAAUGUUGAAAGAGGAUGAGGAUGAGGAUAUUGAGGACGAUGAUUCGGAUGAGUUUUCUGAUGAGGAUGAAGAUGAAUCAGGAGAAGGAGGAUCAAGGGGUAUGGAGGAGGAUGAAAAUGAUCAUGUGAUGAGGAAGAGAGCAAGGAAUAAGGGAGGUUUCGGUGUUUCAUCGAUAUCAUCACAGAUGAUGCAGCAGUUGAAUGGUGAAGUGAGUGGUGUGUUGCAAGAUGGAGGGAAGAGUGCUUGGGAGAAAAAGCAGUGGAUGAAGAAGAAGGUGGUGCAGUUGGAGGAGCAGCAGGUGAGUUAUCAAAUGCAAGCGUUUGAGAUGGAAAAGCAGCGGUUGAAGUGGGCGAGGUUUAGCAGCAAGAAGGAGAGGGAAAUGGAGAAAGAUAAGCUUCAAAAUGAAAGGAAGAGGUUGGAAAUAGAAAGAAUGGUCUUGCUACUUCGCCAUAAGGAGCUUGAAUUGGUUAAUGUUCAGCAGCAGCAUCAACAGCAACAUUCUUCUACCUAGCUAGGCUAGAAGAAAUUACUGUGUAAAUUUUAUGUAUGGUUAAUUGAAAUUUUAAGAGCAUAUGUAGACUAGGCGAAAUAGAUGAAAAUGAUUGUUCAUUUUCUGGGUUCAUUCUAUGUAAUUUCAAAUAUAUAGUAUGCUUGUUUGUAGACAGUUUUUUUUUUCUUGUGUUAACUGUUAACUAAUUAAUAUCUUUACAUCCUUCGAGUUCUA